AUGCAGCAGGAUGAGGUUCAAUUAUUAAAUUUUUCCUCAAUUCCUUGCCCAGAAACCAUCUUUUAUGCUAAAUAUGAAAUACAAAACUCUGGAAAUGAAACUGCCUUACAGGACCUUUACGAUUUCGAGACCUCAUUAAAGAACAAAAGUCAAAUUUGUUGCGUUCUAGAUGGCUCAUUAUAUUUAUAUGCAUUUGAUUCCAUCCCGCUUUUACCUGAGCCUCGACCUUCUAUGCUCGUUUUGAAUGAUUCUGGAAGCCUUGGUCGUUCAUUCUUUCAGCAUAAAACCAUUUCGAUAACGUAUUUGAUACAGGUUAACUUUGUCCAAGCUUUACGGCGUUUAAGCGUGUAUCAUCUUUGCAAAGAAUAUGGAUUUCUUUCUCUCAAAGAGUUUUUAGUCCCAAUAAGGGCCGCUUCAACAUUUUGUCUGGAAGGUUUGGAUGUUUACGAAUACCCUCUUCUUGGUUUACAUAUUGGUUUUCUGACAAAUGGCUCUAUGGAGUUUUCUUUUCGACCUACAGGGCUGUCACUAUAUUGUUUAUCAAAUAUAGCAAAUCUGGAAGACUAUGUAUCAAAGGAGGUCGUUGUAUUGCCAUUUGGAUGUAAAGCAAAAUUGAUCUCUUUUCAAGCACCUUCGUCUAUAUUAACUAUCGAAACCUUACAAAAUCGUUAUGGCUUUUCAAAUCUUUCAAUAACAAAAUGGGUGGGAAUUCAAGUCGAUUUUUUGGACUAUGCAUUUUCAUGGCCGUUAUGCCUUUGUUUCUUAAUAAAAACCCCAUUUUCCACGCGUUUGGUAAAUGACUUUGAUAAAUACUUUUCCGCUGAGGCAUAUUCUUUCCCUUUUUAUGCAUCAAAAGAUAUGCUAUCAAAAGAAUGCACUCAUAUGGAUCAGGAUAAAACAAAGGUAUAUUCAAACUCGGAGAACUUGGGUCAUACUGCUUCAGCCUGUGCUCCUUUGAAGCCGGAACUGCCAAAUCCUUUGGCUAUACCUUCUAGUCCCCAAUUACCCAUACACGAAACAAACGAUCCCUUUCCAUCAGCAGAAAAUGGUAUGGAAGAAGUUGAUCGAGGAAAUGAUCUACUCAUGGAAGAUAUUGAGGAAGCUGGAAUCACCGAAGCUGAUUUUGACUAUUUUGAUUUACCUACCCAUGAAGUAAACUCAUACCCUCAAAAUAUGGAAGAAAUAGAGCAGAAAUCUGAAAGUUUAAAUCAAGUUGGUUUGGAAAGCUUUUUGGAAGAAACACAAGUCGACCGUCAGCGAUUACCCUUGUCACCCAAGACUUUUACUCAAGAAAACAACAUAGCAACAAAAACUUUAUCUAAAAGCCCUUCAGAGCUUGCGAUCCCAAAAGCUCCCCUCAAAUCUCCUAGUAUGGAUGACUCAAACAUUGAGAGUUACUUUCAUGACGAAGUUGUACCGCCGCAAUAUAAUGCAAUUCCAAUUUCUUCCUCUUCAAUCAAUAUUGCAAAAAAGUACUCAAUUGGUGGAAAGUACUGGUGUCCUUCUGAUUUGCUCCAUCGAUCUGAUAGUCUAGGAUCAUUAACAAACUCGGUCAGCAGUGUCGAGGAAGAAAAACACUUAUACGAUAAUUUACGGGAGACAAUUAAACACCAACCUAAUUCUGGAUUGGAACUUUCUAUCCAAACAAGGGUGUCCUUCCCAUCGCUCGAGACAAAAAGCGCGAAGCUUUUAAGUCCUUCUUCAUUUAAUAGCGACACAGAUGUAACUAAAAUAAACGAUUCUUUUGAACCUUUGUUGGAUGAUUACAAUUUGAAGCAUCUUAAAAUGAUUAAAGAGGAGGCGUUAUUAGAGAUAAUGUUGAGCCAGCCGUUCUAUUUUUAUUUAUUACCUUUUUGGAGAAACCAAAAUUCAGAUUAUAUUUCCUGUAAUGAUUCACAUGAUUAUCUCUACAUUCAGGAAGCUACUAAGGGUUUUCUCGAAGACUUAUUUUCAGGACUAAGCAGACGUAUUUCAUUAAGAUCUUGCGCUUCUCGGGAAACUGAAAUGAAUGGCAAUGGCACCAAAGGCGUUGAUGUGGCUAAUACAUAUUUAAUUAAUGUGAAUCAACCUGGUGUAAUAUUGAAAUCAAAUAAUCAAAAGCUAACGGUUGAUUUUAAUGCUACUAAACAUUGGUUAUCUUUAAACCUUCAGCCACUCGAUGAAAAAAGAAAUUAUAGAGUUUUGCUUUUUACCCAGGAAAAGCCGGAAUCAAUUACGUUAGUCAAAUCUCUGUUUGAUGAUAUUCGUUUCGCUUAUGAAAAUAGUUAUUUUGGCAAGCUUGAGUUUGGAAAUCUUGUAACAUUACAAAAAAAUGGGAUUAUAGAUUAUGAUUCACCUUGCUUGAAAUCGUUUUCCGAAUCUGGUGACCAAUUUAAUGAACAACAAAGCACAAGUAUUUCAGAUCUGGCUAAAGAAUGUGCCAAUGUCUAUUCCAAUGAUAAUGUUCUAGUUUUAUUCUUCGUUGAUGAUUCCGUUCGUUCGUUCUUUUCAACAUGCCAGUUGUUUACUUUGUUUAAUGAAGUUAUUUCUAAUGAAACUAAGAAAGCUGGCUUGCUUAAUGAUAAACUUUUUUUAAGAAUAAUACCUUCUUCAGCUGUUUGCGCUAUUGGUCAGCCUCUUGCGAUGAAGGAUUUGUCUCCUACAACUAUUGCAUUGGACAUAUAUAGUACUCCACCGCUGAAUAAUUCUUCUUUUAAAGCUAAAUUCCGUCCUUUUGCUGUUGAAAAGCCUAUCGGCACUUUACUGGAUUAUAAAUUAGCUAAUACAAAUUCUGCCAGUGCCCUGUUUAAUGAUUAUACUUUACAUGUGACUUAUACGAUCGUGCUAAAUAAGUAUCUACUAUGCAACUGGAGCGAUACUUAUGGUGAACUUGAACAUAUUAAAUGGUUUUUGUUGAGUGAGACAGACUCAAUGGUGGACGUAUUUCAGAAGAUCUGGAGAACCAGCAAUGAGAUUAUGAAGAUAGGCUCGUUUUCUUGGUGUUUGAGUAUAAUGAAAGUUGGUGUUCUAUCGUUAGAGGAACUCAAUGCUUGGAAACAAGUGGCAGACUCCCAAGAGUUCAUGGAUAAAUCGACGUUUGUUAUCGGCAAUUGUUUAAUUUAUGACAUUUUUAAACCAUGUAUAAAACCAUUUUUCAAUAUUCUUUUCAGAUCAUGCAACAACCCCUGCAAUUCGCUGCAAACCCCAGAAAACAUUGAAAUUGCAGGUAUAGUGAGAGAAGCAGCUACCCUGGUUCCAAACUUUAACGCUUUGAAUAUUAAUCCUUGCCUAGCCUAUGGAUUACUUGGGCAUAGUAAGUGUGGUUAUGUUGUGCCAGUUGCAAAUAUACAAUUGUUUCAUCUGAAGCAGAGCGAACCGACUCUAGUUCUGCGUAAGAUACUGAGAGAGUACAUGUUUAUGUCUUCCUCUUCUAUAAAGAAUCAUUAUUCGUCGGUUCCAAUACCCCAUAAUAUAUCUACUGUCUUGUAUCAAGGGCAAUUACUUGAUUACUUAAGGGGAGGUGAUCAUUGA